GGUCAACUUGUUCACUUAAUUCUUGGUGCUGUAGUUUGUGGUAAACCAGCUGCUCACAAGAUUGGUGGCUUUGCAUCGCAUUCACACACUAACUUAUGCACAGCCUGCUGGAUCACACAAGCAGAUAAAGCAAGAGUGGCCACAUUUGAACAAACAAAUUUACAACAGUGCAAGUUAGGAGAAAAAUACCAACAACUCACCACACCUACCACAUGCAAGAACUUUGUCAAAGACUAUGCAACAUGCUAUACCCAGCUUUCCAGGCUCCCAUACUUCAAUUUAGUCAACCAGGUUGUAAUCGACCCAAUGCAUAAUCUAUUUCUUGGUCUCAUCAAAAUGCAUUUCUACAAUAUUUGGGUGCAAGGGAAAGUACUCCAUCCAAACCAUGAGCUCACUACUUUUCACAACAUGCUU